AUGUCUGGUGUAAAACUAAUGAAAAGAAACGUAAUACGUGAAGCCAAUAGAUUACAUAUUUUUCAUCGACUUAUAAUUAGUCAAGCUACGAUUCUUUUAUGGAGAGGUUUGACAGUUUCCCAGCGAAAUCAAUUCACAACUUUUGCAAAUCUCGUAAAUCACAUCAAUCCAACCUAUACAGCUCGUAGGCGUACACUACUUUUUUGGAUUCAUCUAAUAACCCAACGACAAGUAACCAAUAAUGAAUAUGCGGACAUGUUGUAUAACGGUUUAAUGAGAGAUUUAUAG